AUGACACCGACGUACGAGGUCGUUCCCGGGGACCGGGUAGGGCUGUUCCAGCUGGGCGACACGCUCUGGCACAUUCUCGAACUACUCCGGGAAGAGAAGACUGCAUACCCCAAAGUCGAAGUAACCUGGGACGACUCGAAUUCGCGCGAUUCGCCAAUACUCAUCACCAUCCCCCACUUGACUCUACACUUCGCAGCCGACUCGCAGCUACUUACGACUAUCACACUUACCGACCUCGCAACCGCCCGGCUGGGUCUGAGUCUGACGUACGACACCCAUCUGCUCUGCUCGUCCAGCCAGAAGCUCACUCGGGGGCUGAUUGGGAAGGUGCUGGGUCCGACAUACGACUCCAAGGGGUCUAAAGGGGAGCUGGUCUACCCUGGCGUGGCAUUCUCGGUGGCCGGACAGCCGGCAGGAGGGAGGGACGAGGUGGUUGACAAGGUUGUCGUCAGUACGAAAGACGGGGAGACGGUCAUUCCAGAUGAUCUACUCAGCUGUGUCAUUAUCCCUGGGAAGGGUGUGACAUUAUCGUUCGGUUCAGAUACUCCCGUCGAGAUUGUCGUCAGCGAGACGACAGCUCAGGACCUGCUUCUCGACCUUGGCGCCCCACUACGGCGGUACUGGAAAGAGGAUGAACGGCUGGAGAAGAUGUGGGGAGGCUCGGCGGCGCGAGACCCUGUGGGAGAAGCAUCCGGAGGAGAAUACUUCAUGAACUACUUUCAAUACGGUCUCGACUUCCUGAUCUCGCCUCACGGGUUAGUGGAGAAGGUGGUCGCCCAUUCCAAUAUCCCUGGGUCUGCGCUCUUCCAGCGCUACGCCAAGUGUGCUUGGUCCAUAUCGACCUCUUCCGGCCCCAUAACGUCCAAGUCCCCUCUAUCCGCCGUCUCUACCGCCUUCUCAACCUCAGGCGUGCAGACCGCCACACCCAUUAUCACACCUCCCUCUCCGCCUCCCGCACCGCUCGAAAGUCUCGCUGUUCCAGUCCCGUCUGUCGGCGCCGGGAAGAAGGCGAAAAGACGUUCAGUCUCCGCCAGCAGCGACAAGUCUCCCGAGGUGGUCGUCGAGGCGAGCAACGUCCCGUCUGGUGCAAGUACAGACGUCGAGGGUAUGACUUUGGAUCGCGUGGGGGAGGGCGGCUUGGAAGGGGUGACGGUGGAGAUGAAGAGUCGGCUGGUCGGGUAUGAGGGCCUGGUAGUUGAGGAGGAUCUGGCGAGUGGCGGGAUAUCGUCUGUACUUGUAUACAGGGCGAUGUGA